AUGAUCGACUUCGAGAGGUCCGUCUGUUCAACACAGAAGAUGCCCCGUGUGGAGCUGGAGGCGGAGUGGCAGGUGGUGGCAGGGGAGGACAGCGCGCAGGUGGAGGUGCAGAAGCAGAGGGAGAUGCGCUCCUUCGAGGCCUUCUAUCCACGACCCUCUGCCAUUCCUGAAUCGCCGGCGGAGCCGCAGGAUCCGUUGGAGGCGGUGCAGGACGACAGUCGCAUCCCCGUCAUCCCGCUCGUCUCCCUGGACGACGACGCUGCUGACGACCCCGACGCCUCCGCCUCCCCCGCUCCUCCGCCCGACUCCGCCGCAGCAGGCGCAACAGGGGAAGCCACAGCAGGUGCAGGAGCAGCGGGAGGAGCAGCAGCGGGGGGAGGAGUCGUGGGAGGCGGAGGGGAGCAAAUGGUAGGAGCGCUACCAGGGCAAGGUCCGGGGGCGGGGUAUCCCAGAAGACCGGAUAUGAUGACAGUAGGCCCACACGCGCCAGCGGCAGUACCCCCGGCAGGUCUGGGAGCAGGAACGAUGCCAAACCCGCCUGCCAUGCACCCUGGACGCCCCCUCAUGCAUGGGGCCCCCAUGCACGGCCCACCUAUGCACGGCCCGCCUAUGCACGGGCCGCCCAUGCCUCAACAUGGUGGCGGCAUGGGGUGGAGAGGACCUCCUCCGGGCAUGCAGCAUGAGGGGCCCAUGGGCCAUCCCAUGGGCCCUCCUCCCUGGAACGUGCCCAGAGGGGGUGAUGGCGGUGGUGGUGGUGGUGGCGGCGGCGGCAGAGGCAUGGGGAAUGCUGGGUUUGCAGGUUCGCCUGGGGCUGCGGGAGGAAGGGUGAUGAAAGGAGGCAUGGGAGGUGAAUCGGGUGUGUCUGCACGGGGUCUGGGGAGUGGUGGGAGCCGUGAGGGACAGACGGGAGGAGGAGGAAGAGGUGGGGGGCGGGGCGGGGUAGGGGGAGGAGGAGAAGGAGGAGGAAGAGGAGGAGGGGGGAGAGGAGGAGGAGGAGCGGGAGUUCCAGCGGCUGAGAUAGCAGCGGCAGCAGCAGCAGCUGUGGCAUCUCUGUCGGAUUCGGGGACAGUGGAUGAGGAGCUAUUGGCAAAGACCAUUGCGGCGCUCACAGCGUCACAGAGGCCGUUCCGGCCGCCUCCCACGGAUAGCAUGGGCCGGGGAAUGGACGAUUUCUCUCUGCGGGACAACGCCUUUGGUCAUCCCGGCUCCAUGCCUAGAGAAAACGGCUUCAGCCCGGGUUUCGGUUCUGGUGCUGGCAGUGCUACUAUGGGAGAAGCCGGGCCUCCAAUGCGACCCCCAGGGCCGCAUUCCGGACCCCCUCGCGGGUUUCCUCCGCAUGCAGGCCCUCCGCCUGGUCCCGGCGGCCCCCCUCCCCGGCCCAGCGGCCCUGCAGGCCCCCCUGGACCCAUGCCCAUGGGUGGCGCAGGCGGACCCAUGGGCGCUGUAGCAGCAGGAGAGGGAGGAGCAGGAGCGGGAGUAGGAGCGGAAGGAGGAGGAGGAGGAGGAGGAGGGGGGGCGCCUAUGGGGCAGGCUGGUCCCAUGGGACCUGGGGGCCUUCGUGGGGGCCCUGGGGGACCCGGGGGUCCUGGGGGCCCUGGGGGACCGUUUGGUCCGGGCGGACCGGGUGGCGUGGGCGGAAGACCUUCAGGGCCAGGCGGGCCGCCCUUCCGAUCACCCUUCCCACCCAACGGGCCCGGCCCAGGACCAUUCCCCAUGGGGCCCCCUGGACCCGCCGGCAUGCCUCCCGGCCCUCCCCCAUUCCCGGGACCCGGGGGCCCAGGGGGACCAGGGGGUCCGGGUGGAUUCAGAGGACGAGGGGGAAGGGGUCCGCCAGGGCCGAGGGGAAUGGGGUUUAUGGGUGGGCCCAGGGGUCGGCCGGAUGGGCCGCCGCCGCAAUUUCAUGGGGGACCUCCUCUGCCUGCUCCUCCCCGCGGCCCUAUGAACGGGCCCCCCACGCCCUUUGGCGCGGACGAAGGUCCGUUUCCCCCUUUCAGUGAGCCUGGUAAGGGUCCUAUGCCCCGCCACAUGCCCCCCCGCAUGGGGCCUGGUCCUGGCCCGAAUGCUGGCCCAAACUUCGGCCCUAACAUGCCCCCCGAAUUUGGUCCCAACAUCGGCCCAGGUGGCGGCAACAUCGGCCCAGGUGGCGGCAACAUCGGCCCAGGUGGUGGCAACAUGGGUCCAGGUGGCAACAUGGGUUCUGGGACGGGCAUGAGUCCAGGGCACGGCAUGGGACCUGGUGGGGCUAAAUUCGGACCUGGUGGGCCGGGGGGCCUUCCCCCUGCUGCCCACAUGCGCCCUUCUCCAUCCGAUCCGCUCAGUGCUGCGGAUGGGCCCAUGCGUGGACCCCAUGGGACGUGGCAAGGCAGGGAGGGCGGUGGUGGCAGAGCGGGAGGGGUGGGUGAGGGGAACGAUGGAGAGGGGGGUGAUAGGGGAGGAGCAGCGCAGGGGGGAGGGGCGGCGGCAGCAGCGGCAGGAGGAGGAGCAGGCGGAGGGGGGAGCAGCAGCAGGGAUGGAUCAGCAAGGGAAGCUGCUGGGCGUGGUGGUGAUGCCGAGGCGGAUGGGCGGAUAGAGAGAUUUGAGCGAGGAGCUGGUAUGGACAAGGAGAACGGCGAUGCAGGAGGCACUCCAGAUGCAGGAGCAGCAGGAGCAGGAGCGGGCAUGUACAGGUCUGGGGUGAAACCGUCUCUCCAGUGGGUGACCAAGGUUGAAAAGGUGCCUGUUGGGGCUCCCAUGGGCGCGGGUACAGAACCGGGAGCAGCAGCAGGCGCAGCAGAAGGGCUGUUGCAGCAAGGGCCAGGGGGGACGCAAGGCUCGUCAGCAGCAGUGGCAGGCGCAGCAGGGACAGCAGGGGCAGCAGGAGCAGCGGGGCAAGGAGGAGGGAUCCCGGGACCACAGAGUCACAUGUCUGCCAUCACACCAUCCAAUGGCCCAUCCACUGGCCCUCCCAAUGGCCCUUCAAAUAGGGGCCCCAGCGGCGCUCCCAGCGGCCCGGUCAGCAGCUCCGUCCCUGGUGCUGCGGAUGUGCCUGCUGCUUCCCCCGGCGCUCAAGGACCCCUGGGCCCCCCCAAUGGCCCUCCAGGCCCCCCUGGGCCCCAAGGCUGGGUGGGUGGGGCGCCGUUAAAUGGCAUGGGCGGGCCUGUUCCCCCGCCCUUCCAUGGGGGGAGGGGGGGAGGCGGAAUGGGAGGGGGCGGGAUGGGCGGAGGGGGGAUGGGAGGGAGAGGGAUGGGAGGAGGGAUGGGCGCAGGGGGCAUUGGUGGAGGUGGCAUGGGCGGAGGGGGAAUGGGCGGAGGGGGAAUGGGCGGAGGUGGCAUGGGCGGAGGGGGCAUGGGCGGAGGGGGCAUGGGCGGAGGGGGCAUGGGCGGAGGGGGAAUGGGCGGAGGGGGAAUGGGCGGAGGGGGAAUGGGCGGAGGGGGAAUGGGCGGGGGCGGCAUGGGUGGGGGGGGCAUGGGUGGAGGGGGCAUGGGCGGGGGGGGCAUGGGUGGAGGGGGAAUGGGCGGAGGAGGCAUGGGCGGAGGGGGAAUGGGGGGAGGUGGCAUGGGCGGAGGGGGCAUGGGCGGAGGGGGAAUGGGCGGAGGAGGUAUGGGCGGAGGGGGCAUGGGCGGCCCAUUCCCCCGGGCCCCCCCUGGCGGGCCAGGCUUUGGGGAAGGGCCCUCGGGACCCCCGUUUGGGGAGUUUGACAAGCAGGGUGGCGGAGGAGGGUGGGGAAGGGGAGGCCCAGGGGGAGGGGGAGGGAGGGGGCGAAGGCGGUGCCUGUAUUUCAACACUCCGUCAGGGUGCAGGAAUGGCCCCCGGUGCACCUUCCUGCACGAAGGCCCGGGACCCGAGGGAUUUGUGGGCGGCGGUAGAGGCGGGGGAGGCGACUGGUGUGGCGGGGAAUGGGGUGGUGGAGAGUGGGGGGGAGGUGAAUGGGGAGGUGGUGGGGGAGGCGGGAUGAUGGGGGGAGGUGGGGGUGGACGUGGCGGGGGGAUGAUGGGGCCGGGGGGGAGAGGAGGGUGGAUGGGGGGUGGAGGGCGAGGGGGGAUGAUGGGGAGAGGUGGGGGAAGGGGCGGGCGGAUGGAUGAGAAUGGGGGGGACAUUGCCAUGGGUGGGGGGGAUGAGGGAAGCAUGGGCGGGAAUAUGGGGGGAACUGGAGGGCCUGGGGGUAUGGUUGGGGGAAGUAUGAAUGGGGGAAAUUCGGGUGGAGCAGGGGGUAUGGGCAGAGGUGGGAGUAUGGGCGGAGGGGGCAAUAUGGGAGGGGGCAAUAUGGGAGGAGGGGGUAUGGGAGGAGGGAACAUGGGCGGAGGGGGAAGCAUGGGGGGAGGGGGAAAUAUGGGCGGAGGGGGAAGCAUGGGCGGAGGGGGAAGCAUGGGCGGUGGGGGAAAUAUGGGCGGAGGGGGAAGCAUGGGCGGAGGUGGAAAUAUGGGUGGAGGGGGAAGCACAGGCGGAGGGGGAAGCAUGGGCGGAGGGGGAAACAUGGGUGGAGGGGGAAGCAUGGGCGGAGGAGGAAACAUGGGCGGAGGGGGAAAUAUGGGUGGAGGGGGUUUUAUGGGAGGGGGGGACUUUGGAGGAGGUAUGGGUGGAGAAUGGAAUGAAGGGAAUUGGGAGGGUGAGAACUGGGGAAAUGCUGCUGCCAUGGGUGGAGCAUUGUGUGUACGCGCUUUAAGAAUGCCAUGUCGCAGUGAAGAGCACAGGAAGAUCCAAUGUGUGGUGCGCACAGGGCAUGGUAUUGCUGCCGCCACUCACAAACCUUCACGACCCCUUCUUUCCGUUAUUAUGAAAUCAACCGAGCACCGCAGGCAGCAGCAGCAGCAAGUGCUGUAG